AUGGAUCCUGCAGCUUAUCAUCCCGGGCCGGUCAACGGCACUUUGUUGACAUUGCAGGACACGCAUAGGUCCACUUUUGUGUGGAACAGUAGUAAGGACAUUCCUGAUCUUAGAGUCAGGACGAACUUCGGUGAGUACUGGAAUGUAGUUGAUCAAACCAGGCCGCCUCAGGCGAUAAUAGAUGCUAUUAAUGAUGCGGGCUUUGAGUGGGUGUUCAAGUUGGGUCAGGUCAAGCAUGACAGGGGCUUGAUCACUGCUUUUAUCGAGAGGUGGCGUCCAGAGACGCACACUUUUCAUCUACCUUUCGGGGAGGCCACCAUUACACUGGAGGAUGUCCAUCACAUUCUCGGGUUACGAACCACUGGCCGACCAUUUAUUCUACAUGGCUUCACCACCACAGCUCGCGAGAGGAAGGACAUGAUACGCGAUCUUCUUGGACUGACUCUCAAGCCGGCUGAUGUGAGGAAGAACUGCUUGAGGAUCGGUUGGUUGAUUGAUAACUUUGGCGACUGUGCCCGGUUGGACGAGGCAGUGGAGGAUUUUGAUGCGCAGACUAUCUUUCACAUCAGGGCACACCUACUGUGUGUUAUUGGAUCGUUGUUUCCUGAUAGCAGCGGGAACUAUGUGAAACUCAACCUCCUUUGGAUGCUACGUGACUUGCAGAGCGUGGAUGGUUAUAGCUGGGGGAGUGCUGUUCUUGCAUACCUUUAUCGGAAGAUGUGCGAUUCCACCCAUAAAGUCACAACUAACUUCGUUGGAUACGCCACUUUUUCUUCAUAUAUAUUUUGA